AUGCAGGACUUUGAGGGCCAGGCCCUGUCCGAAUACCUGUACCAAGUAAUCAUUGGAGCUUUUACGGCAAUUGGCUUUAUCUGGGGCUGGUGGUGUCAAGACUUUGCACAGACGACUUAUGUCACGGCCGCGGGCGUCGUUUUGGCUUGCAUCCUCUGCUUGCCAGCAUGGCCCUUCUAUCAGCGGAAUCCCGUCCAAUGGCUUCGCAAGGAAGAAUAA